GCUCUUCUCUGAGGAAAUUUGCAUCAUGCAGCAGCCGGAGGACUCCUGAGGACUGCUUCACUGAGCCAUGGUCUGUUCAGCUGCCCCCGUGCUACUCCUGGCUAUGACUCUCCCACUGGUGGGGUCACCAGUAGCCCAAGCAUCCCAACCUGGACAGAGUCAGGCUGGAGAGGAACUGGGGCAGCAAUUGGACCAAAAGAGUGGAGCAAGUGAAUCAGCGCUGGCCUCGGUCUAUGUACAGAUGGACUUUCCAGAUCAGACCUGGCCACUGGCACUCUCCGGGACCCUGACUCUGCCCCUUGCCUCAGCUUCCUCUUCCCCAAGAACUCUCACUGGCCUCAGCCUCACGACAGAGUGUAAUGUCAACCACGAUGGCUACCGCCAUUGCGCUUGCCUCUCUGGGUACCAGUGGAACGCCAGUGUCUGCUCCCAUCACCAAGCCUGCCAGAUGCCUCACAACCACAGGCCCUGUGGUUGUCUGGUCUUCAGCCCUGCUGAAGCCGGGUACUGCCAGUUGCUGCCACCUGGGGCUGCUGCCUCCUGCCUCCCUGCAGCCCCCGGAACACUGAGCCCCAACCCCAACUCCUGGGUGCAGACGCCUGGCACCACUCUCAAUCUGACCCUCGUCAAGAACCAUGAAACCACUGACCUGGACUGGUUCCUGCGGCCCCCGGGCAGCCCCACACCCAUCCUCCUGCAGCCAGGGACACAUGUGUCCCUGACCUCUAGCCCGGACCAGGCUGUCCUCAGCAUCCUCAAUGUCUCCCAUAAAUGGGCAGGUGAGUACACGUGCUGCUUUGAGGCUCAGGGCUUCAGGUGGGAGCUGUCCCAGGUGGUGAAGGUGGCCCUGCAGGCGACAGAUGUGACUCGGCUUCCAGACCAGCUCUCCAUUCUCUCCUCCACCUGCGCUGGCUUCCAGCUGACCUGCUGCAUCCCCAGCACACAUCUGACCUACACAGCUUCCUGGAGUCCUGAAGAGGGCAGCAGAGCUUCCUCAGUGGACACGCCAGGCUCCCAGUGCUUUGUGUUGACUGUUCAGCGCUGCCCUGCGGCCGACACCACGUACACCUGUGAGCUGCAGAGCCCAGGGCUGGCCCUUCUCAGGGUUCCCAUCUCUGUCACCAUCAUCCAGGAUGGCGAUACCACCUGCCCUGAGGACUCCUCAGCUGUCACCUGGAAUGUCACCAAGGCUGGCCACGUGGCACAUGCCCCGUGUCCGGCGAACAGGACGGGCUUGGUAGAGCGCACCUGUGGGCCUGAUGGGGCGUGGGAGCCCGUGCGCAGCAGCUGCACACGCACAGAGCUCCUGGCCCUGCAUCACAGAGCCUGGCUACUACAGGCAGGCCAGGGCUGGCCUGCUACGGAGGUGUCACAGAUCCUGGCACAGCUGUCGGAGCAAGUGGCGGUGGUGAGCUCACCCUCUGACUUAUUGGCGCUGCUGGGCACCGUAUCAUUGCUGGCCAAGGUGGUGGUGGACACAAGAAUACAGCUUCCCCGCAGGGCCCUGGAGGCUCUCCUGAAGACCACAGACAAGGUCCUAGACAUGGACACCAGCUCUCUGUGGACCCCAGCACAGACCCAGGAGCCCUCAGCGGGCUCAGAUCUCCUGCUGGCCGUGGAGAUCCUGGCACGCAGCCUGUGCCCACGGGAUCACCCUUUCUCCUUCAGCUUGCGUAACGUGAGGCUGCAGACGCAGCUCCUUGGACCUGCAUCUCCUGCUGACUACAGAGCCUCCUUCUCCACUCAGCCCCCAUUGCAGGCACACAUUCCCAGACGCUCACUGGCCCUUCUGGGCCAUAAUGGAACGGACAUCAGUAUUACUAGCCUGGUACUGCAGAAACUGGACCACCUUCUGCCCUCAAACUAUGGACAAGGGCUGGGGAGCUCCCUCUAUGCCACUCCUGGGCUGGUCCUCGCCAUCUCCAUCAUGGCAGGCGGCCAGGCCUUCAACCAAGGGGAAGUUAUCAUGGAUUUCGGGGGCACAGAUAGCACUUCCCACUGUGUGUUCUGGGACCACCAUCUCUUCCAGGGCAAGGGGGGCUGGUCAGACAAAGGGUGCCGGGUGCAGAGCGCCCACGCCAACUCGACCUCUCAGUGUAUCUGUAGGCACCUCACUGCCUUCUCCAUCCUCAUGUCCCGAAACACUGUUCCAGAAAACCCCACCCUGGAGCUGCUGAGUCGGGUGGGCCUGGGGGCCUCUAUCCUGGCACUACUUGUGUGCCUGGGUGUGUACAGGCUGGUGUGGAGAGUGGUGGUGCAGAACAAAGUUGCCUACUUACGCCACACGGCCCUGCUCAACGUGGUGCUCUGCCUUUUGGCUGCUGACACCUGCUUCCUGGGAGCCCCACUGCUUCCUCCAGGGCCCCGAAGCCCACUCUGCCUGGCUGCCGCCUUCCUCUGUCACUUCCUCUACCUGGCCACCUUUUUCUGGAUGCUGGCUCAGGCCCUGAUGUUGGCUCACCAGCUGCUCUUCGUCUUCCGUCAGCUGUCCAAGGGCCGAGUGCUCUCCCUGAUGGUGGUCCUCGGCUACAUGUGCCCAAUGGGGUUUGCAGGCGCUGCCCUGGGCCUCUACCUACCUCGAGGGCAAUACCUGGGGGAGGGAGCAUGCUGGCUGAAUGGGAAGGGAGGGGCGCUCUAUGCAUUUGUGGGGCCAGUGCUGGCCAUCGUGGGUGUGAAUGGGCUGGUACUAGCCAUGGCUGUGCUGAAGCUCCUGAGACCUUCACUGUCCGAGGGGCCCCAGGUGAAGAAGCGCCAUGCCCUUCUGGGGGUGAUCAAAGCCCUGCUCGUUCUCACUCCCAUCUUUGGCCUCACCUGGGGGCUGGGCCUGGCCACGCUGCUGGAGGAAGUCUCCAUAAUUCCUCACUACAUCUUCACGAUUCUCAACACCACCCAGGGUGUCUUCAUCUUACUGUUUGGUUGCCUCAUGGACAAGAAGGUACGAGAGGCUUUACUCGAACGCUUCUGCCGCACCCAAUCCCCCAACUCCACCAUCUCCCUGGUGAGCUGCUGGCUUCAGAUCCUCGGUUCUCCCGCUGAGAGCAGCCUUCCCGAGAGGAGACAGGCACAGCUAGAAGCCAAGAGAAGACUGGGGCUGUCUUGUAGAAUGAGCAUGUUUCAGGUUCUAACCAACAAUGGAGACAGGAGCCCGGUCAGAGCAGUCAGAGUCAGGCUACGUAUGACUCCCACGUCCCAGAGCACCGUGGAGGAAGAAGUGAAGACGCCAGGUGAGAAGCAAGCCUUCCUGGAAGCAGUGUGA